UUCUACAAAUCUACACAGCCUAGUGAUUAUUGAAUAGGAUAGAUAGGCCAUAUUUGACAGCGAGUUCGUACGACAUUGUAGUAUUGUGUGUGUGCUAAGUUUCAUUCAGUUGUUUUAGAGCCUGUAUAAUACUCUAAUUUAUAUUCAUUCAAAUGGCGGAUUCAGGGGAAAAUCCAAUUUAUGGACCAUUCUUUGGCGUUAUGGGUGCAGCGUCUGCAAUUAUAUUUAGUGCGCUGGGUGCCGCUUAUGGUACCGCCAAAUCAGGCACUGGUAUUGCUGCCAUGUCAGUAAUGCGACCUGAGUUAAUCAUGAAAUCCAUCAUUCCAGUUGUCAUGGCGGGUAUUAUUGCCAUUUAUGGUCUUGUAAUAGCUGUACUUAUCUGUGGUACAUUAGAAGAACCAUCAAAAUAUAGCUUGUACAGAGGUUUUAUUCAUUUGGGAGCUGGUUUGGCAGUAGGAUUCUCUGGUUUAGCGGCCGGCUUUGCAAUUGGUAUUGUGGGUGAUGCCGGUGUACGUGGUACCGCUCAACAGCCACGUCUAUUCGUAGGAAUGAUUCUUAUCCUUAUUUUCGCUGAAGUAUUAGGUCUUUAUGGACUAAUUGUUGCAAUUUAUUUGUAUACAAAAUAAAUAUUUGUAGGUUGUCAUUUAUUGAGACGUACAAUAUGUUCGUCUAUCAUUGUAUUUGGGGGGUGGUUUAAUCGAUCUGUUCCAAAUCCAUCCCACCAAAAAGUUUCUCUCGUUUCCUUUCACAGCAUCAUCAAUCUCAUAAAUAUAUGAUCAUCUCAUAUGCUUGUAAAACCUGUCCAUGUCUAUUUUGCCCCAUCUCUUUAAUUAAGUUUAAUUCUUUUUUGUAUUUGUCUGUAUCAAUGGCGGCUGUUACCCUUCCACGCCAAGCCAAAGAUCUUAUGAUACAAUGUGAAUGAAACACACACAUAACAAUGUUCUUUUUUCCCUUUGUGUCAUGAGAUACAUGUUGCGAUGUGUGUAUAGCGUUGUAUCCAAGAAAGAUAGUAUCGUAGUCUGUGUACAAAUUUUAAUUUGAAUCCACCCCAAAUUUUAAACUAUUGUUGUGAAUGAAAUGUUGUGCGAUUUAAAAAAAAUCCUAAACGUUUCUCGAAUUUAUUUUGUAUUUUUUUGUUUUAAAUAUAUUAGGUACUAACACUAUACACUUGCUAAUUUUAUUAAAAAUUUCAAAGGUUGUUUUAAUGUAUUUUAUUUACAGUGGCUCAAAAACUAAGAAUUAUUAAGAACUAAAACUCUUCCAGAAGGGCAUUUUCAAUUAAUUUUGUAAAUAAUAAAAUUGCGCUGAGUCAUAAAAUUAAUCUCCGCACGCUCACUCCUUAUUUAUUUGUAUAUAAUGCUAUACUACGACGUCUUUCCUUAAUAAAAAACAAACCUUCAUCCCCACUCUAACCCCUUCCUGUUUUUCAUACAAGUAUAUAAAAUGAAAAAAAACCAGACUAUCUCAUUGUAAAGUAUAAACAAAAUUUCAUCUGUAUAUGUAAAGAAAAAACUUGUGUGUUCGAUCAAAUUUACAGUCAAAUGAGAAAUCAAAAAACAUUUGGUCACAAAUUCCUACUGAAAAUCUACGGAAUCGAAUAAAUCAUCAAUUGACUGUAGAAUUUAAUCGAAAGUGCUGUAUCUUAAUUAUGUAUAGUUUAUUAUUUUAAUUACGUAGGUUGUUAUUAAAAAAAAUAGUUUAUUUACAAGGAAUAUAAAAAAAUAAAAAAUUUUCUUUCUUUAUUCUUUUUUUAAAAUUGUUUUUCACUCUAUUGAGUGAAAAAAUAUUUAAAAAAGUAUUUAAAUAAAAAUUACAAAGUAGCACAAUAAUAUUUUUAAAAUCGCGAGUUUUAUUUUUUAUUAAAACUUUCUAUUAUAAACAAAGAAAACCGAAAACUUUAGAUGUGAUGAAGAAAAAAAACCACUAUAUCCCGAUUCCCCCACCCCUCGCGUGUUAUAAUCAACCUAAAAACCACCAAGGCAAUCAAAUAUAAUGAUGUGAAUUCACUGAAUAGUUACGAUUACGACGCGAGGGAACGAAAUUUUAUGAAUCAUUUUUGUUAUCAGAAAUUCAUUUCAUUUUUAAAACAUUUUUUAACAUAUCAAUAAGUAUUUAUUUUUCUUGUUUUUAAUUUGGGUUGUAACGAUAAAUUUUUUUCUGUAGACGAAACAAUUUUUUUCGACUGUUGUAUAAUUUCAUGAUUGUCUUUGAAGUUCUAAAAUAGUUCCUGCAUUAAUUGGUUUUCAAAAAAAAAAAAAACUGCCAAAAUCAAAUGCAUUUUUAGAGACGAAGUUAAUUGGAUUUUAAAAGUAUUGAAAUUAAACAGCAGACGAAAUAAUUCAAUUUUGUGUAUAUUUUAGUUUUAAAAAUAUUUAACCGCCGUCUCGUCGUGUUAAGGUCUCAUCACUCAUGAAAAAUUUAAAAUAAUUUAAAGUCACUGUUGUAAAUAAAAAAAGGCAACAAAACAUUGUAUGUAAAAUUUAAUGGUUUGGUGUAAAUUAGAUAAUAAAAUAUAUGUUACAUAAUAAAUAGCAGCUGGUAGCUUUUUUAGCUUUUAUUCGGAUUGGUUGCAAAGUGUGUAAAAAAAAGAAAAAAAACGUUAUAUACUUGCGAAUAUUUCAAUCGUUUGUAGCCAUUUAUUUAAAAUUUUUAUGUAGCGUUGUAAGUAGUAUACAGAGGGUGUGAUUUAAAGAUUGUGGAGGAAAUUUAGGAAGUGAUAUAAUAUAAUGAAAUAUUUUCUGAUAUUUCGUUAACGGAGAAGUAGAAAAUAUUUUCGAGUACACAUUUUUGAAAAACCUAUCGUAAGAAUGGAUUCGUUCGGUAUAAAAAAUAGCGUAGGUAUAACUUGACACUCGUUAAAUUUCUUUGAUUUUCUCGGUUCCAUGGCUCACCAGUUGAACCCAUUGAAAUUGCAAGGUUUCAAGGAUUUUGAUUGAAUUAACCCUUGUUGGCCCUUAAAUUUUUUCCACAUGUUAAUUUACACUCGAUGUAACCCUUUUAGAGGGCCUAGAGAUAAUACACGGGCAUAUCGCACUUUAGACAAAUAAUUAGGAAUAACUAAACAAUUAGAAUUAAACCUUUUUGCGUAUUCCCAAGGUGUAUAUACUAUCGUUUGGGAAACGGCCUUGAAUGACCAUGUUUUUUUGGAAUAUGGAUUUGUAUGGUGGAGGCUAUAAAUGACUGAAAUAUAUUAGUCCAAGAUAUAUGUUAAAAUGUACAUAUAUGUGUUAUACCUCGAAAAUUUUUUUAACAUCGAAUAUGAUCAUUGUAAUCUUUCCGAAUUUCAGCCUAGAUUAUUAAAGUAAAAAGAAAUUAUAGUGUUCUAUAUCAUUUAGUGAAAAAUUUAAAGGUCGCAAAUUAUAGAAAAGGUUAAUUUUUCUAUAAAGGGAAUGUAAA